GUGAUGCUCUGAUGAUACACAUCAGCAGCAGCUUUUUCCAGAAGUUUCCUCGCAGCGGGUUUACAGCACGGCGGCCACAGACGGACACUAUCGUGAAAACACCUUGUUUUGUGUCGUUCAGUUGAAGUUAAGUGACAUUUGUCACCUUGUCUCCGUGAAGAGUAGAAAGUUGUCCACACACUGCGACAACUGAGGGAAGCUAACCUUGACAGUUAGCUAGCCAGCUAUCCUCCGCAGCAGUGACAGCUGCGGCGGCGACCGUGCCCGUUAACCCGGCGGCCCACCAACCACCGUACACGCUGGGUGUGUUGUUUACACUAUCAAGAAACUGAAUUACUUGCGCUUACAAUGUUUUUAUGAAGUGGGAGAAGAAGUGAUCGGUUAUUGUCAUGGGUAAAGAUUACUAUAACGUGCUCGGAAUAGCCAAAGGUGCCACCGAAGAUGAGAUAAAGAAGGCGUACAGAAAACAGGCCCUGCGCUACCAUCCCGACAAGAACAAGUCUCCCGGAGCUGAAGACAAAUUCAAGGAGAUUGCUGAAGCGUAUGAUGUCCUCAGUGAUGCCAAGAAAAGGGACAUAUAUGAUCGCUUUGGAGAAGAAGGACUGAAGGGUUCAGCAGGUGGUGGUGGAGGUGGAGGAGGAGGACACAGCGGUCAAACGUACAACUACACCUUCCAUGGAGACCCUCACGCAAUGUUCGCCGAGUUCUUCGGUGGCCGCAGCCCUUUUGAUCAUUUCUUCUCCCAAAACGGGGAGGAUGACAUGGACAUCAAUGAUCCCUUUGCGCCAUUUGGCAUGGGAAGACUGGGUGGAAUGGGUGGGUUUCACAGGUCCUUUAAAUCCCACCUGGGAGUCCCUCACAGACCGCAUGAGAAAAAGAAGGACCCGCCGGUGAUGCACGAGCUGAAGGUGAGCCUCGAGGAGGUCUUCACAGGCUGCACCAAAAAGAUGAAGAUUUCCCGCAAGAGACUGAACCCGGACGGCUGCACCAUGCGUAACGAAGACAAGAUUUUAACAGUCGACAUCAAGCGUGGCUGGAAAGAAGGGACGAAAAUCACCUUUCCUAAGGAGGGGGAUGAAACUCCGAGCAACAUUCCUGCGGACAUGGUGUUUAUAGUUAAAGAUAAACCCCACCCGGUGUUCAAAAGAGAGGGCUCAGAUAUAAUCUACCCUGCAAAAAUAUCCCUGAGAGAAGCGCUGUGUGGAUGCACAGUCAACGCCCCGACAUUAGACGGCCGGACCAUCACUGUGACCUCGAGAGACAUUGUCAAGCCUGGAAUGAAAAAGCGCAUUGCAGGAGAGGGGCUCCCUCUAUCCAAGUGCCCUGAGAAGAGGGGCGACAUGAUCCUGGACUUUACAGUGAAGUUCCCUGACAAACUGAGCCAAAGCACACGAGAUGCACUCAAGCAGAUCCUGCCACCAUGACUUGAAAUGUGUUCCCUGAAAAAUCUAACAAGUUAACAUUUCCAGCCACACACUCUCCUGUGCGUUUAAGCCUGGACGAAUGAGGCUCAGGGCAGAUCACCAAAUCCAUAUUCUUACCCAGCAUCUAGUCAGUUUAAUGAAGGGAGACAGAGCAGCUGACUUUAUGUUUUAUGUGCACAUUAAGCUGAGUAACAGUGUUAAGUAACAGGCUUCAAGAAGGAAAAGCAAAUAGGUGGAAGUAUAUCGUUUGUAUACGCUGUAGAUAAUGAAAGGUGUCAGGUGAUAGGUUUUGGUUUGGCUACAAAAAAGAGAGCUAGAGUGUUUAUCAGUUGACACUUAAAAGUGUUACGAUUAGUGUUUAUUGUCUCCCCCAGCAGAAAUUUGUCGUGGACAUAAGAGAGAGCACAGGCGACACGGCCACAUACAUAUACGGUCAAUCUACAAUGAACACACAGUGUUUUAUUUAUUUCUCAUUCUACGGUGCGGUUUUACCUACAUUUCUCAACAGGACAUGAUUUUUGGUUUAGGCUUAAAUACAGUGUGAAUCAUGAGAGGUGAAAACAUCGGAUGUGAUCCUCGUUAUUAGCACCAGUACUGACUGUAUGAAGCAGACGGCCAGAUGUUACAGAUCAAUGUUAUAAAAUACACUUUUUGUGUCUAUGUCAAUAUGUCAGUUGUCAACAGUAAUAGUCACAGCAGGCCGCCAGUUUUUUGGGCCGCACUCCAAUAACGGACUAGGAGAAUAUAAUUAAAACAUGCACAUGCCUUAAAAAAAAUUAUGAUGUAGGGAUAUCUCCAGUUAUGAUUUAGCAGAGAUAUGAAGUUACAGUUAUGUAACCUCCAGAUUUUUAAUUUAGGAAAGAGAGAGCACUGAUCAGUACUUUGCAUUGUCAGAUUUCUAAGUUUAGAUAUCAAAUUUAUAUUGGGAGAGAAUAAAAAGUAUUGGUGUUUAACGCACCACACCUUGCAAAAUGUUUACCUUUCCAAUACCUUAUUUGUCUGGGAGUGCACCGCUUAUUGUAUGUAAAAUAUCUUUUGGAAGACUUUUGUGCCAAAUAAUUGUCCCUAUGUAAUUAUAAAAUGUGUGUGUGUCUAUAAGUACGUUGAGAGCAUGUGUGUAUCCUGUCACGUGUGAACAAACUCCCAAAAAGUAUUUACUGCAAUUGUACCAUUUGAAGAUGCUAAACAUACAGUAUGUGUGAUAUUUCAGUUCUUUAUCACUCUUUAAGGCUCUUAAAGUCUUAAAGCCAGUGAGUCUUUUCUGUUUUUUUUUUUUUUAUACCAAACUUGGUAUUAGUUUGGUCCCGGCUAAAUAUUGCAUAUAAUGUUAAAAGAAGUUUUAACUUCCCGACAUAAGGCCUGCAGAAUAUAUUUUUGUUUUGUGUUCAAGUUUGUACGUGAAAGUUCUCACUUCAAGAUGUACAGCAUCUGGAAUAAUGUGUCACAUUCAGCUCUGUGCACCUUUGACUGAUGUUUGUGAAUCAGUUGGUUCAUUUUCACAUUUGAGUUAUUUUUGGUGUUUACUGCUCCUGCUGGAGUUUUAAGUUCCUAACAUGUGGUUUAACAUGAAUGUAGAGAUGUGUAAUCUCUGUAAUGUGUAACUUUUUUUGUUUUAAAAUAGGACAUUUGUUUUUAUGGCAUUUUCCUUUUUAAAGGGGAAAAAAGUGU